AAGACAUAGCCCCUUGGAAGGUCCCUAAAGAAGUGGCUGACAUCUUUAACGCCCCCAGUGAUGAUGAAGAAUUUGUCGGUUUCCGAGAUGACGUUCCCAUGGAAACCCUAUCCUCCGAGGAGAGCUGCGAUAGUUUUGACUCACUGGAGUUGAGAAAACAGCAGGGUGUGCAUUUCCAUUCCAAAUACUUCACAGAUGAGCUGAGAAGAAUUUUUAUAGAGGACAGUGACUCAGAGACUGAAGACUUUGAAGGAUUCACACAGAAUGAGCUGAACAUAAAGAGUAACCCAGAGCUCGUGGAGUCAGAUUUGUGUGACAAUGAUAAAGCAUCUCUGGUGAGUGAGGAAGACGAUGAUGAAGAAGAAAAGGUUACACCCAGGAGAGGCAGAUCUAGAAGCAGCAGCAGCAUUGGCCUUCGAGUAGCCUUUCAGUUCCCCUCCAAGAAACUGGCAAAGAAGUCAGAUAAAAAUGGUUCUUCUGAGUUGUUUUCUAGCUCGUACUUACAGGACAGUAAAAAAAUGAUUGGAAGAAAGAAAAGCUGCAGGCAGGCGAUGGAAGGGGAGGAUUCCGAUUCUGAGGACGACUCCAGGGAUGAGAGCCAGGAGGGCUCGGAUGCUCUGCUGAAGAGGAACAUGAACAUCAAGGAGAACAAGGCCAUGCUCGCUCAGUUAUUGGCGGAAUUGAACUCAAUGCCAGAUUUCUUCCCAGUUCGAACCCCGACCUCAGCUUCUAAGAAGAAAACAGUGCGACGGGCCUUCUCGGAGGGACAGAUCACAAGGCGCAUGAACCCAACCCGAAGUGCGCGGCCCCCGGAGAAGUUUGCUCUAGAAAACUUCACUGUCUCUGCCACAAAAUUUGCAGAAGAAUUAUACAGUUUUAGAAGAAGGAAGACAAUUAGUGGGGGGAAAUGCCAGGGGUAUAGACAGCGUCGUCGUGUGUCUUCAUUUCGGCCAGUGGAGGACAUCACGGAAGAGGACUUGGAAAAUGUUGCCAUAACUGUUCGAGAUAAAAUCUAUGAUAAAGUUCUGGGCAACACGUGCCAUCAGUGUCGGCAGAAGACCAUUGACACCAAGACCGUGUGUCGGAACCAGAGCUGCGGCGGGGUGCGAGGACAGUUCUGUGGGCCGUGCCUGCGCAACCGCUACGGCGAGGAUGUGAGAUCGGCGUUGCUGGACCCGGAUUGGAUGUGUCCUCCGUGCCGUGGGAUCUGCAACUGCAGUUACUGUCGGAAGCGUGACGGCCGCUGUGCCACAGGGAUCCUCAUCCAUCUGGCCAAGUUUUAUGGUUACGAUAAUGUGAAGGAAUAUCUAGAGAGCUUACAGAAGCAGCUGGUAAAAGACAAUUGAGAGAAAAAAGAACAAGCCAACUCAGAAUACUCCAAGACAUGCAUACCAUUUGUGCCUAAGAUUUGUUACAGUUGUAUUUUUAUACAGAAGUUCUUUGUAGAGUUGAUUGUUUCUGAAUACUAUUUUAAAAAGUUGUUUCUAUGCUUAAAAAGAUUUUUCAGGAAAAUAGAAAAGCAGAGGAAUCUAUAUCCAUGUAUAUCCAUGUAUACACAGAUCUGUGUUGUUCUAAGUGUUUCCUUAGUAUGAUUCAGGAGGACAGUUUACAUGGGUGGAAUUAGAGUUCAGGUAAGUUACCAAGAAGACCUUGUAUAAGCAGCUCUUGACUUUUGACAUUGUGUAAUUACCUUUUACUUCCCAAACUGCCACCCUGUGCCAUUUUUACUGGCAUUCAUCCCUUUAGUUUAUCAUAUCGUGAGUGAUUGACUCAAACCAUGUAGUUUAUCCUGCUAUGGGUCAUUUAUACUGAAGAAUGUGCCCCUAAAUUACAAAGUGCAAUUAACCACAUGAGAGUUAGUAGGGUUUUGUUUUUAUUAAAAUGAAACAAAAGUGGACUGUCAUACUGCAGACACUGGAGGCCUUGGAGUGCCUGUCUUUUCUUUUAUGACUUGCCCGGAGCCUGCUGCUUCUAGUUUUGAAAGAAUUUAAGGGCUAAGUUUUAAUUUAAAAAGAUUUUGAUAUUUACUCUCCAUAAGAACUAAGAUUCCCCUUCCUCCAGGCUGCGUGGUUUUUGAUAGUUAGUGCAGUCUUGGUGAAAAUGUGAGAAACGGUAUAUUUUUGUGUUGAGAUAUGGGGUAUCUGAGAGGAACCCUGGGUAGCUAAAAUCAAUGAACAUAGUUCCUGAACAGGUUUCUAUUAUUAUUUUCUAUAUUUGCUUCUUUGUCUUUCUGUCCCAUUCUCCACUGUUUAAGGAUACUGUUUUAAAAACUGAAUGCACAUGUAUGUAAGUUACUAAGAAAUGACAUAAGCGGAAAUGUUUUAUGCCCUUCAGUAGAAUACAUGAAUAGGAACCGGUGUAGUGACAGUAGGAGAUGCUUACUGUUCUGGCACAGGCUGGAGCAACAGCAGUCCCAGUACGAGAGCCACCUUAUGCUUCUAGCAACAGAGCCACACCUGCCAGCACCCACUUAGCUGUCUUCUCCUUGCUCUUCAGCCUGAAGGUCCAGAUGUAGGUGGAGCCCCUCGUUUUGUUUUUGUACACAGGGCACUCAUAGGUGUGUUUGGUUUCUUGUCUGUCCAUGGGUAUGGCUUUGGCAAAGAUGACUGGCAUCGUGGAUGUCAGCUCCUUGAGACGGGCUUCAACGAUGGUUCCAGACUGAAUGUCCCAUCUGGCACCUACGACAGAGACAGCAAUUGCUAGCUGUGUGGCUUGUUGGUACUGAUACUCUCACUGAGGCAAUAAACGUUCUGAUUUUACUACA